AAAAUGGCACCGUUAAAGUUUAUGCAUGUACACGAAGUUGUUCUUUGUUUUCUUUUGUUUGCUUUCUCUUGUUGUUCCGCUUCACAUGCCAAUGAAGAUUCAAACGUGCAGUUUCAAAUUACCAUAAUGCAAAAAACUUUGACCAUUCUUCAAGAAACGGUUGAACGUCAAAACAUCCGCAUCAGUAAACUUGAGAAUGACAAUAGAAGACAGGAGGACAAUAUCAGAAAACUGUUGAUGGUGAUUCAGAACUGUGGUAUUGAGGAAAACAAUGACGUAAAAUCGGUGAACGAGUCGACACCUACAUCGAUAACUGAAAACCAUCAAAAUCCGCAAAUAAGAGGACCAGAAAGAAAUUCCAUGAUCAAACGCCUUCUUACACAAGCCUCAAGUUCACCUCCCUCAUCGCAGGAUCAUGUUGCUUUUUACGCCAGGAUGUCCAUUACGGAAAAAGUUCCCAGUGGACACCAUAUCCUUGUCUUCGAUAACGUGGUCACAAAUUUUGGGAAUGGAUACAAUGGGGUUGACGGUAUCUUUACUGCCCCAAAAGAUGGCGUUUACGUUUUUAUUUGGGUUAUAAGAUUACAUGAAGCUCAACAUUCUACGCAGCUCAUGAUCAACAAUGUUGAGUAUGGAUCAACUCACCUACGCGCUAUGAAUAAUGAUGAUGGAUCUGUGAGCGGAAACGUUGUUGCGCAUGUCAACAAAGGGGAUGUUGUGUUCGUCCGUGUGUAUCCUUAUAAUGGAUACACUGGUAGCGGCGAUAUCCUCAGCAAUAUACAUGGAAAACCGUCGUUUUCCGGGUGGUUUCUCCAAUAGA